GGCUGCAGUUCCUUUUGGGCCUCGCUUGACGCGCAGACUGAGUCGGAGCCGCCGCCUCGGAGAAGGAAGUAGCAGUCGCCGCCGACGCCGCAACAGCAGCCGCUCCGAGCGCGAAGAGCACCGCCGACGCCGCGCACACCUUCUCUCCCUCCUUCACCUUCCCCUUCGUCGCCUGCAGCACCAUGGCAUCUGGCGUAGCCGUCUCCGAUGGAGUUAUCAAGGUCUUCAAUGACAUGAAGGUGCGCAAAGCAUCCACCCCGGAAGAGGUGAAGAAGCGCAAGAAAGCUGUGCUCUUCUGCUUGAGCGAAGAUAAGAAGAACAUAAUCCUGGAAGAGGGGAAGGAGAUCCUGGUGGGGGAUGUGGGGGACACCAUUGAUGACCCCUACCUCCACUUCGUCAAGAUGCUGCCAGACCGUGACUGCCGCUAUGCCCUUUACGAUGCCACCUAUGAGACAAAGGAAAGCAAAAAGGAGGACCUUGUCUUCAUCUUCUGGGCGCCUGAGUGUGCCCCCCUGAAGAGCAAGAUGAUCUAUGCCAGUUCUAAGGAUGCCAUCAAGAAAAAAUUCACAGGGAUCAAGCACGAGGUGCAAGCAAACUGCUACGAGGAAGUGAAGGAUCGCUGCACCCUUGCGGAGAAAUUGGGCGGCAGUGCCGUCAUCAGCUUGGAGGGCAAGCCCUUGUGAGCCACCCCCUCCCCCGUCGUGCCAGCGUCUUCGGAGCUUCCAUAUUAUUGGCCCUGUGCUAUCAUUUUUUGGGGGGUUCGGUGGGUGGGAUGUGGGGUGGGUUCUCCGUUUUAGUUAGGUUCCGGUUUUCUGCCUUCUCACCUUUUUACCCCCUCUGGUGCUCCCUUCUCAUGAAAGCAGCUGCAUCCCAACCUUGCGGCUGCUGUUAAAACUUGCCAAACCAGCUACAGCUCCUUCUCCCUGUUCCCCGGGCCCCUAAACCUUCCUCUAUCCUUCCUCCCCCCCCCCAAAGCCUAGACUCUUAAGGUGGCAUUCCUUUGAGGCCCCACUUCUUGGCUGCUUCCUUCACCCCAUGGGACCAUUGGUUUCCUCCAUUCCAGCUUUGGGACCACUCUCAAGCAGGAUUCCACUCCUGGCCAAGGCUUGAAUAUGGUGUGGGAGGGAGGGCAAAAGGAAGGGGGCACCUAAAGGCAGGGGUCUCCAGGGCCCCUCAUUCCAAAAUUAGUCCAUCAUUCCCAGUGUGUAAAUUUUUCUUUCUUUUUUUUUGGUCUCUGUAUGUGUGUUUUUGGAAAACAAAUGUGGAAUGGCAGCUGUGUUCCCGGCCCCCCCUCCCAGUGACCCACAACCCCUCCCUCUUUACCGCCAUAGUGGCUUUGUGCUUGUCCGUAGUACUGUGUAUAAAUGAGAUAUUGUGGAGAAAGUUGCACCCAUCUCAAUGUUGGGGGGUGGAAUUAACAAAAUAUGGAAGCAGCACCAAUGAUCUUCAAUAAAAAAAUUAAAUAAUGCUA